CUAUUGUUUGUCUCACGAUACAGAACAGAAACUGAGAAUCGGAAACUUUUGCCGGUUGCCCCAUAACGAAUCAAACGAAUUGCCGCAAGUGUUUUGUGUCUAUUCUAAAUAAAUAAAUUUUUGAAUCUUUGUUCAACACAAAUAUACAUUUCAAAACCACAAAGAAAACAGUGUGUGAAAUAAGAUGAAGCUGCUUUUUGCUGUUCUCCUGAUCGCGUUGGCUGCAAACGGCGUUUUCACGCUGCCAGCACGUUCAAGUCCGCAGGAUGAUGCUGAGGUGAUACCGGACACGGAUUUCCGUGACUUUAAGGGCGUCAUCGAUACGGGUGCCGAUGCCACUCCAUUCCUGCAGCCAAGUCCAUCGGCCGUUAACUUCUUGAACUCCUUUGAUGACAUUUUCCGUCGUCUGCGCACUCGUCUUUGGCCCGUGACUCUUGACUCGGAUGAGUCUGGCUCCGGCGAUGAUGGUUUUGCUGCCGGCUUUCCACUGCGCUUCGGCUUGAGCAAUCUGAAUCCGGUGGAUCCCAAGAAUGGCAACACAACAUCCACAGUUAAGGUUGUGGAUGGUCACCGAUUGGAGAUCAAUGAGACCGUCUAUGGCGAUGAGAACAGUCACUUCAAGGUGCGUCUGGUGAAUGUGCGUCCCUUGGAGAGUGGCGAAGAGGUUGUCGAGGGCAUCACCCAUGACAAUGGCGACUUCAAGCCGGCGAAUUCUAUUUCCCCGGCUACUUCGGCGCCUCCCAAGCGUAGCGAACUCGAUGAAUCCGAUGAGGAUCGUCGUGAACCUCUGGAGAAGCAGACCAAGGACAAUGAGGUGCGCGACAUCGAUGAACCUCAGGUAUAAAAAAUGCCACAAAAGCUAAAAAUUGCAAUUGCAAACAACAAAAAAAAAAACAAAAAAAAAACGAAAACUUUGAAAGCAAACUAAAAUCGAAUUCUAACCAGAAAAUGCUUUACAAAUUGCCUUGCCAAUUAAUAAUGUAAACGAUGCUCUACUAACCUUUUCAACAAUAUAUAUAUACUUUAUAUAUAUAUUUCCCAACAAUCUGUAUAUUUUGAGCAUAUCUAUUUGUCAACUUGUAAUAUAUAUAAACAUUUCUAAUAUAUAUAUAUAAUUUUUUCAAAUAAAGUUUUGCAUUAAAACUAUAGACAAA